GCGCAGUGCGAUUGCCGGAUUGCUAACGAAAGGUGUCAUGGUUAAGGUUACUGCAAACGGAAAAGAUGUCUGCGGAUUAGAGUACGAUGUGACAAUGAUUACAAUAGCGUGUCCUACGAACUAAAAUUAAAGGUAAACUAUUCAUAUUUUGAAUAUAUCUAGGACCCCAAUAAACCUUGACUUCGGUUUUCCGUUGUAUAGUGUUCAGUAUACAGUACGUGGUUCCAAAUAUAAACAAGGAAGGAAAUGUCAUCUCUUAAGCGGUAUACAUAAUCCAAUGAAAUAGAAAAAAGUCAUGAUUUCUCAGAGAAGAUGUGUCAUCACUUUAUGUCUUUUAGUCAUCAAGUUUGAAUUUGCAAAUCUGUCUAGUGCUCCAGUAGAAUGUCUUAAGCCGUUUUGCCAAUGUCAAAAGAAGGUGAAUGGGAAAGCCGUGUGUUCCGGACGAUCUUUACAUUACAUUCCAAGACUUCCGAAAUAUGUUCGCUCAGUUACAUUCACGAAUACAAGUAUACGAUUUAUAGACAAAUGUGGAUUGUUCAAUUUAACUUUUCAUCAAAUAGAGAAAAUAAACUUUACUGGUAAUGUUUUACGCAGUAUUGACAAGGACACGUUUCUAAAUUUGACCUUUCUUGAUUCGCUUAUUGUAUCAUCUGAACCUCAUUUGAAUAUUACUUCCCUUAAAUUGUCUUUUCAGAGUUUUCCAAAGUUAAAGAUGUUUGAAUUGGGCUUUAAUUUUAAUUUUUGGAAAUCCCUUCCGAGAGAUAUGUUCAACAAUUAUCAUGUAAGCAAUGUUAAGCAUUUAAAUUUGCAAGGUAAUAGCUUUACAUAUGUUAACUUUACGACAUUCAAAACCAUCACUAGUUUACGAGAAAUAUCUCUUGCCAAUAACUCAAUAAGUCGUGUUUCUUUAACUAGGUUAACUUCAUUAAUUAAACUAGAUAUGAGUUCAAAUCUGCUUCCAAGAGUUCCAACAUUUUGUGGAAGAAAUGACACUAGUUAUUUUCCUAACUUAGAUACUAUAAUUUUAAGUCGUAACAAUAUUGGAUUUCUUGGACCCAAAUCAUUCCGUUGUUUACCACGACUUUCAACGAUAUACUUGGAUUAUACAAACAUUGGCAAACUUCAAGAUAAUAUUUUUUCCUCUUUACCAUCGCUUAGAACGUUACAUUUGCUAGGCAUCGGUAACCCUUUAAGGUCUAUUACACAAAAUGCAUUCAAUAGUUCUUCCUUAGAGACCUUGAAUUUAAAGGCAUCACAUUUUCAUUUUGAUAUAAAGCACAGAUACGAUGCAAACAAAAUUUUUGCUUCUUGUCCAAAUCUAAAGAUCUUGCAUCUCACAGAGAACUAUAUGCCAUUUGAUGAUUCAACCUUCCAAACGAUUUUUAGGCCACUGAAAAAACUAAAUAAAUUAUAUCUCACAUCAACUAAAAUACUAAAUCUGCCUAGAAAUGUGUUCACAAAUAUGAAGUUGCUUCAGAAAUUAAAUUUGGAUGACAAUGGAAUAAAUGGUUGGAACGACAGUUACCGUAUCUUUGGUAAUAUGACACAUCUAAAAUAUCUGAGUUUAAGGCACAAUCAUAUAUCAGUCAUCAAUGAAACAACCUUUCCGGACGAGCUUUUGUCUAGACUAAAAUCUUUAAAUCUAGCUCGUAAUCCUUUUUCGUGUAUUUGUGACCAAAUGUGGUUUAAAAACUGGAUACAAAAGAAUGGUUCAAUUUUGAUUGAGUAUCCAAUUGGGUACAAAUGUAGACAUCCCAAUAGUAUGAAUGGAUUAUUAUUAAACGAUUAUAAACCUACAGAUAAAAUGUGCAAUCCAUGGAAUCCUUUAUAUACCAUGGCAAUUGUCAUGGGAAUUGUUGUUCUAUUGAUCCUGGCUAUUGGUUCUAUCGCUGCAAAGUGUCAGGGCAAUAUUAAGAACUAUAUAUAUUUACUACGUGUAUAUCACAACCGGAAACAGGGAUAUAUCCCUCUUGACAGUGAAGAGGAUUAUGAAUAUCACGCGUUUGUUGUGUACUGCGAUAAUGAUCGAAAAUGGGUUCACAACGAUCUCUUAAACAAGCUUGAAAAUGAAGAGGGAUUACAACUUUGUAUUCACCAUAGAAAUUUCAUAGUAGGAGAUUCUAUUACUGUAAAUGUUGACAAUUUCCUUAAAAAGUCAUGGAAAGUUUUAGUUAUCGUAUCGAACAAUUUCGCACAAAGUGAAUGGUGUCAGUGGGAGGUAGAUGUUGUACAAGAGAGACGCCGACGGCAAGGGAAAGAAGUCAUUGUUCCUAUCAUACUAGAAACCAUUGACUCAAAACACAUGACUAGUCAGUUACGUACAUUACUAGAUAGCACACCCUCCUUAAGGUACCGUUCCGGUGUAGGGACAGAACUAUUCUGGAAAGGUUUAUUAGAGAGCUUAAGAAAACCACUUGGACAUCCGCCGACUUCAUUACUUUAUUCAAGGAUUUAACAUCUUUAUUAUACUGGUAAAAUAAGAGACUGGCCUGAGCCUGUUUCGCUCAUCAAAAGAAAUGUGCCAGUUUGUAAAUGAGAACCUUUAAUUGCACAUAUUAUUUUUUUUUUGUAUUCUUGAUUCUUGUACAAUUUCAACUUUAAAUAAAAUGCAUAAAAAAAACA